CUCAGAGGUAAAUCGAGCUUCUUGCCUUCCUGGUUUAUAAACUAGAAAUGCUUUCGUUUCAUUAUGAACUUUCAUUUUCUCUUGCAUUGAGAGAGUUAAGCACGCGUUGCUCAACUUGAUCGGCGUUUCUGAUUAAUGCGGCUUAAAAAGUUUUUUAAAGUUUGUUACUUUUGUUGGACAUUUUUGUGGCUGUUUCCAAGAAGAGUAAUGAGCUAUAUAACGGGACGAGACUCGGACUUAGAUGUUGAUGAUGAUGAUUGGGACUGUCAGUAUGACUCCACAUGGGAGGACGAAGAUAAAACAUGCAAAAAGAAGAAAAGUAAUCUGUCCACAAGUCAUAGGAAUAUGUAUGCUGCAAGGGACAUGCAAAAGUUUCGGCGUAGCAUCAGAAACUUGGAUGACAGCACAUCAGAAGUGUCUAUGAAUAUCGUCCCAUACGGUAUAUCUCAGGGUCAAGGGUACACACAAAGCCAUUCCCGGGAUCGCUUCUACAACCUGGAGUUUUACAAAGGUUCAACGAGAUCAGUGCCAGAUGGUGUAAGCAUUGAUGAAUUUCAUAAAUAUUGGAAGGGUAAAUAUGAUAGGCUGGAAAGAGUUCACUCCUACAUUCAAUGGUUGUUUCCAUUACAAGAGGAAGGGAUGAAUUGGGAAGCACAUGUUCUCACAAAAGAAGAAAUCAAGCAAUUUCGUAAAGACAAAACGGCGAAAGGCAAUUUGUUGAAAUCAUAUGAACUCAUGUUGGAUUUCUACGGUAUACGCUUGGUCAAUGAUCACACUGGAGCAGUAGCACGUGCUAAUAACUGGGAGGAACGAUUUCACAACCUGAACAGAAAUACGCACAACAACCUUCGCAUUACACGCAUCCUGAAGUGUCUUGGGACACUCGGAUUUGAGCAUUUUCAGGAAAAACUGGUCAGGUUUUUUCUCCACGAAACUCUUGUAGAGAAGAAUCUUCCAAAUGUAAAACUAAGUGUACUAGAUUACUUUAUAUUUGCUGUUUUAGACAAGUCACAAAGACAGGAUCUGAUUAAGUUUGCCUUUUGUAAAUAUCAGCCCCAAAAAGAUUUUGUGUGGGGACCCAAAAAGAUUCUGUCAAGAUUCUGUGCAAGCAAUGAAAGCAAGAUUGUUUCAGGGUAUGAAUGGAAAGCAUAUGAGGAAAGGGAAAUAACACCUAGUAGUCGCAGUAACACUGAAGAUAAUUCCAGAAAAAUUUCCAAUGUGCAAAAAAGUGAGUCCAGUCAGAGCAAUAAUGCAAUGCCUGAAGAAAAGACAGGUGUAUCGGGUGAUCAGAAAACCUCUGGCCAAAGUAAGGAAAAAGGGCAAGUUAAAGGUGAAGACCAUCAGAUCAGCUUAAAGAGUCCACAAGGUGGGGAGAAAAAUGGUGUUGAUCGUCAUGUUCGGAAUCAACAUAAGUCUAAUAUUAGAGGAAACGUGAUGUGUGAAGAAAAAUCUGACGGAGAAAUAAACGUAUAAAACUAAUGGCAAUGUAAAAAAAAUGUUUGUGGUAAUUUCAUAAGUUUUGACUUAAAUUUUGAUUUAAUAUCAAUUACUUCUGUUUACAAGCUGAUAGAUAACAGGAGAUUAGAAACAUUAUAUUCUACUGGCUAGCUAUACAAACAAAAUGUUUGUUUGUUUGUUUUGCUAUACAAAAUUAUAUUGAUAGAAGUGAUUACCUCAGAAAGAAAUUAGGUAAUGACAUUUUGGUAGUAUGAAAAAAGGAAUAUUUGUUAAUGAUAGAUUCAUGAUUUUUCUACUUGACUGGCUGGUAUGUCUAAAUUUGAAGUGUAAGAUUAUAAAAGUUAAACUAUAUACAUUUUUGCUUAUUUAAAAAAAACAUGUUAUAAAUAUGAUGCUCUUCUACUGUUUUCACUAUUGAAGCUAAUAAAAUGGUGUGAUUGUUGAAGAAAGUCAUGCACUAAAAAAACAAAGGCUCCAUUAAACCUCAAUAUAAAACAUUGUGUAGUGUGUUACUUAUGUAGGCAGAUAUCUAUAGGCUACAUAGUGGUCUAUAAUAAUAUUUUUGUGGCAUACAGUAUAACGUACAUAUUAAAUCUAUAAUAGGAUAGUAUAAGUGCUAUUGAAAGUGGUAGUAAGAGUAUUUAGAUCUAGAUAAUAGUCAACAAAUAAAGAGCAAAAGGAAAUGUUACUCAAAAGGUCUAGUGAAAAAAACAGCCAUAAUUUCCUGUAAUUGUUUACUAAGCUUUCCUGUAAUUCUAUUUUGCUAUACAGAAAUGGAAAAAGACCAAUAGGCCUGAGCAUUUUAUGCUUGUGUUUUGUUUUAGUUUCCCUUGCAUUUAACACAAUAGGGUAUGCCAAUCAGUACACACAUGUGGGUUUGGCUCCACCUUUGGCUAGCCGAAGGCCCAAUUUCAUUUCUCUGUCUUACCCCUUAGUUUUGCACGUUCACGAGAGAGAAAGGGCUAUUCCAAUUGGGCCUUACUCUCACGUGAACAUGCAAAACUAAGGGGAAGGGGUAAGACAGAGAAAUGGGAUUGGGCCUAAAUACCUUUUAUAAGGUCUGCUUUCUGACCCUUGCCUUUCAAAAUGAAAACAUAAAACAGUACAGCAAAUGGUCAAGCAAAAUAGAAGAAUGGCACCUGACUGUUCCUCUACUAAAAGACUAGCCGCACCUUUAAAGGGACACUUUACCCAUUUGCAUUAAGCUUUGUAUAGUUAGAACCCCAGUCAUGUUUUUGAAUGGUCAUGCAUAAUUUUCUCAGUUGCUGCUGAGACAGGAGAAAUACAGAUUUCAGUGUUGCACUUCCUUCUUUCAAUGAUGUAAAAAUCAUCAUUUUGCAUCAUUGAAAGAAGGAAGUCCAAUAUCUUUGUUGAGGGAGUGAGACUACAAACACCCCUUUUCUCGGUCAAAUAGGCACCACAUUUUAAAUGUAUGUUACAUUUUGACUACAAAUAUGACACACUUUCAAUAAAGAUUCAUGUUUCUACGGGUGAAAUGCCCCUUUAACUGUUCCUUAUACCGUGUAGAUUGUUCAAGUUAACUUUCCUUUAAUAAAUAAAAUGUCUUAUUUUUCUUGUCAUGUUGUUUAACCUGUAACCAGGGCCGGUGCUAUAUCACGUCCUUUGUUUCCUGCUUACCAAAAGCAGCAUGCAAAGACAGUUCAGCACAUGAUAUUCAGGAAAAAUGUGUUUUAAAAAAUAAACGUAGCUUUGUUCUGUGUAUCAACGUAAUUUCAGGACAGAUUCACUUGAAACUUGAGCGCUGCUGACUCUGUUUAGACACUUUUAAUGCGUGUGCAGGAUAGUAUUGUGUGGGGAGCUGACUAUCAAAACGGUCAAAUUAAAAAAGUUUGUAUUUAAGGUCAAGCAGCAAACAAAACUGGCGUUACCUAAAAUAAACUGUCUGCAUAUCUUGUAAAUCCUCUACACUUUUAGUUUUCAUAUCAUGAAAACAUGAUGCAUAUUUAUCGAAGAGAAAAAAAUUAUUCUGCUUAGUAGUUUGUCUGUUUUACUUCCAGUGGCAGCUGAUUUGUAUGGAUAUUUAAGGUAUAAAAAGGUAUUGAAAUACAUAUGAAUAUAUCCAUAGUCUAAUUAGAUAACUUUAUACUAUAUAUUGGUUCAGUAAGAGGGA